CGACUAACAGCGGAAACUUCGUGCUAGAGCGAGACCGAGCCGGAUGAAGCAUCAUUCUCCCUAUCCACUCCACAACCCCCGUCAGCAACUCUCUUUAACCCAUACUGGCAUGGCCAUGGCCUUGUUGUACUGACCAAUUGACGAAGAGAGGAGGUCUCUACUCGAUAUCGUAGGCCGGUGGGAUACUAAACACCCAAGUACUUAUAGAUUCGCAUGCGGCUACAAGCGUCGCCGCUACCAUCUGAACUGUAUUCUGCUUGGCCCUGUACAAAUCGUCUGUUGUGAAGUUCUGUUCCAUUCGCUCAAGACUCUUAGUCAUUUACACUCAUUCUUUAACAAUUCCUUUUGCGACACUCGCUCCACUUACCAUGCACUUCUCUUCCUCUACUCUUGGCGCCCUCGUUGCGGUCGCGGCUGGUGCCGCCGAUGCCGCAAAGUGCCCUAUCCAGUUCGAUGGCAGGAUCCCAGCAAACUUCACACCCGCCUCUUUCGAUACCUCUGCGAGUCCCUUCAACAAUGGCUUUGUCUUUGGCAAAGGACUGAAGGCCAGUGAUGUAGUCUCUAUUCCAACAGGCCUGUCCUCGCUGCUCGACGGCUCAACAAACAAGCCUUUCCAAGUAAACAUCGACGACAGAUCCAUCUUCGCCCCCACCGAGGCCAACGUGCAAACGGGCUUCCGCCGCGCAGAGAUGCUGCCCAUGAACAACAACGGCACCGACCCUUCCACGUCCGGCAUCAAGACGGUCCACUGGAGCAUGAUGAAGGACCCCAAGAAGCCGCUUAACUUGACGCACGAAUACCAAAUGGUCUUUCUGGAGAGCUCCAUCUUCAGCUCGAACCAAUUUGCCCUCAAGUACGGCGAUCUCAUCGGCAUUCACCCGGCUGACCCGGAUGUUCUCCACUUGUUUGGCAACUCCAACACCAACCCGUCGCCGGAACUCUUCAAGACCAAGUUCACUGAAGGCGUCUUCCACAACUUUGCCCUGACUUUGGACUUUGGCAAGAACUUGACCCAGGUGUACUACUCUCAAGGGAAUGCCCCUCUUGUCGCUCAGGGCCAGCCCAUCGAGAACGAUAUCUCGGGACAAGGACAGUUCCACUUUGGUGUUUUGAAGAAGUCGAUCAACGGCACCGGUGAUCUGACCAAGUCUGGUUUCCACGAGUCUGGAAUCAACGAGGGCAUUAUUUUCGGUUCCAUCUUUGAGGAGGACAGCAUCGAUGGCUGUGUGACCUUGUCUCUUUGAUUAUCAAAGGAUCACCUUCGAGUCCCUGCAUUCACGCAGAUCUCCAGCCUUGGAUUUUCAUAGAAUAUGGCUUCCA